AUGUCUGGCUGCACUUUACUUCUGAUUGUGUUGCUUGUUUCUGCCUUCUUCUCCCUCUUGCAUUACCUAUGGGUCGGAUCGAUCUGGGUCAUCGCUGGGGUAUCGUCACCUUUACUACCCAAUAUAUCUCGGUUCGAGGUCCAUUCCUUACCGAAAGGUCCUGCUCUACCACGCAACUGGGCAGGCAGGCUUGAGAUUCCUGAAGUGGAAGAAGGCAACUCCCUUUUUUUCUGGCUUUUCGAAGCAGAGGAGGCUGAGUACGACGAGAAUCUGAUCCGUCUGACUACCGGGGGUGGCCCUGUUAUUUUUGAAGGCAAUACGACGAAUCUGGUUCGAAACCCUUAUUCGUGGUCGAAGCUGGGACAUGUCCUUUACAUUGAUCAGCCUGCCGGAACAGGCUUUUCCACUGCCAGCAACCCAUACCCGGUCACAACUCAAGACCGGGUAUCCUCUGACUUCUACAAAUGGAUGCAAGGCUUCUUCUCACAUUUCCCGCACCUCAGCUCAAAACGAGUCCACAUGAUGGGGGAAUCAUAUGCCGGCAUAUAUAUUCCAUAUUUCGCGUCAGAGAUCCUCAAGAACCACGAGUCCCUCCCGAUAAACAUUGCGUCUUUAUCCCUUGGGGAUGGAACAUGGGGUGACAGCGUCGCCAUGUCUUCUGCGGCUACGGGCGCGUAUCUCCGCUUGCACCGCUCACUGCUCAAUAUUUCAGAAGACACAGUAUCAGCAUUUACCGAAGCAGAUCAAAUGUGCAGGUUUGACACAGUCAUGCAACAGGCAUCCGAAUACCCGCCUACCGGGACGAUCCUCGUACCGGGGAACGGGGAUGAGAUGAAUAUCAAAUUACGCUUCAGUAGGGAUACAGAGAGUGCCGAGAGCGCCACCUGCAACACGCACCCGAAAACAGCAGAUGAGAUUCUUGCCUCCAUCCUGAACUCGACCUGUGACGAACGUUGCGCCACCUUUUCUACGGCAAUAAACUACCUUAGUACAGCUAACAAGUGUUUCGAUGUAUACAACAUCCGCCACGGAUGCGACACUGCGAACCCCAUGGCCCUCCUAGAGGAUUACUUCAACCGUGCCGACGUCCAGAUCGCUCUGAACAUUCACCCGCAGUCCAGAGACGCGCAGAAACCCCUUUUCCAGCAAUGCAAUCAUGAUAUCCUCACCACGCUUCUCUCUGCGCCUACCCCUCCGACAGCCCCCGCGUACGAUAUCCUGCCUCGGCUGAUCACGACAGAGAACAUUUCCGUCCACAUCUAUUCCGGGGAAUACGACAUGCUGGUCAACCACCUCGGUACGGAGCUCUGUCUACAAAAUAUGUCGUGGCGAGGAGCCCAGGGGUUCACAGAGAAGCCCUACCGGGUCUUUUAUACCGACCAGGCGCUCCCUGAAACGCCGAAAUUGACAAAUGGAGAAAAGGAGAAAACAAGCCGACGUGAAGCAGGCAUCUUCGCCUCCGAACGCGGCCUGACGUACCAUCUCUUCUGGGGAGCGGGGCAUACCGUCAUCUCUGAUAAACCGCAGGAGAUGUUUGCCUAUGUUCGAGAUGUGGUUCUGGGUUCUUAG